AUGAAUUACGCCUAUCGUCUUUUGGAUAAUGUAAAAUACUUUUAUAAAACACUCAAUCCAGCUUCACUUUCGGGGGCAAUUGAUUUGAUUGUUGUGGAGCAGCCGGAUGGAUCAUAUUUGUCAACACCAUUUCAUGUAAGAUUCGGAAAAUAUGGCGUUUUAAACAGCGACGAAAAAUAUGUGGAUAUAACAAUAAAUGGUGAAGAAAUAGAUUUAAAAAUGAAGUUGGGUGAAAAUGGUAUUGCAUUCUUUACUGAGCCAACUACAGAUGCUCAUGUUCCUGAAUAUCUAGUGACGAGCCCAGUCCCAGGAAGUAGCUCUACUCCAGUUGAUGGAAAGGAUCUUGCUGAAAGGAUAGAAAAAAUCCAACGACAGUUGUCACGUUCAAGAAAUAAAAGAGCGCUCUCAGAAUGUUCCAGUUCCCGCUCACAUUCCUCCCAUUCACGUGAAAAUUCUUGUGAAUUAGAUAUUCAACGCAGAAAAACACUUCCAUUCAAUGCAUCAUUAUUCAAUCAACGUAGGAAUCGAUCUUUACCGAAUCUUAGUGAGCUUACUGACGACCAGCAACAAGCAUAUAAAAGAAUUACGGAAAAUAAGAGACAGUUGAUGUACUCUCAUUCGUUUGCAAUGGGAUGCAGCUUAUUACCUCCAGCUUGCAUCUCUUGCAAGAAGCAUUCAAGUUCUACCAAAAUGAUGCGUAAAUUAUCGAACUCAACAAAUGAGGAAAGUGAUAUAGAUGACGCAGCAUCAACAGUUUCGAUUGAUAGUGAAACGGAUCGUAUGAAAGUUCCUGGUUUAGGUAUGAUUGCUGAUGGUGCAUUUUCCGAUUCUGAACUUGAUCGACAUCGAGACACUCCUGAACUACACAAAACUGAAGUAGUGGUGUGGAAAUGGGGUGAGUUGCCAAGAACACUUGAAGAAACGGAAAAAGCAAGGAAACAAGAAGAAAAUGUGAAAGCUAAACAAGAAAAAAAAGGAUCCACAUGGGGUGAAUGGUUUCGCUGGUCACGUGCUAAGCCAACAGAAGAUCAGGGUGUUUAUUUGGAUGAUCUUGUGCAAAGUGCGAGUGAUCCUAGUAAAAUUGAAAAAUAUUUGGGGAAGUCACCUCCCACUGCGUGUCCUUCACCACCCAGUGACAGUGGGAAUGGUUCUAUAAUGGGGCUGAAUUUUCCCAAUAAGGUUAAUGAUAUUGAAAAUGAAGCGAAUAAUGAGGUACAGCAGCCAGAACGAACUUCGUCACCAGCACUCGAUGCCAAGAAACAUACGAUUGACAUAAAUGUAUUGGAUAAUCAGCAUUUUCUUCAGUUUUCCGAAGCACAUGAAUCAGUAAUCGAAGGACACAGUUAUGGAACAAAAAGAAAUUAUGCUUGUAGUGUGACUCCUUCUAGUGAUAUCUUUCAUAUGAGUGAUGAAGAAGCAGAAAGUGCAACACCUGUGCCUUCCGGUGCAGAAACUACUGCACAAUUUCCGAAGUAUAUCCGUUCUUUACGACUUUCCAGUGACAAAUUGAAAAAGUUGGGGUUACGCAAAGGAGCAAACGAAGCAAGAUUUUCAAUUACUACAAAGUUCCAAGGUACCACAUGGUGCAGUUGUCAUAUUUACCUAUAUAAAUGGACUGAGCGUCUAGUUAUUUCCGAUAUAGACGGAACCAUAACUAAAAGUGAUGUAUUAGGACACGUUAUACCAGCUAUUGGUGGGCAGUGGGCUCAUGCAGGAGUCGCAGAACUGUAUACUAGAAUCAAGGAAAAUGGCUAUCAGUUGGUUUAUUUAUCUUCUCGAGCAAUAGGACAAAGUUAUUCUACAAAGAAAUACUUGCAAAGUGUUGCCCAGAACGCAAAAUUUUUACCCGAUGGGCCGUUAUUGUUGUCGCCUACAUCCGUGCUUAUAGCUUUUAGAAGAGAAGUUAUAGAUCGCAAACCAGAAGAAUUUAAAAUAGCUGCUUUAACAGACUUAAAGGAAUGUUUUCCAGUGAAACGUCCAUUCUAUGCUGGUUUUGGAAAUCGAGAAACAGAUGUCGUAAGUUAUCGAGCAGUAGAUAUACCUCCGGAUAGAAUACUAAUUAUUGAUAAACAGGGUCGUGUCAGGCGUGCUGAUUCCAUUGGUUUCGAAACAUCAUUUAUAUCAUUAGCAAUGGACACAGUUGAUUACAUGUUUCCUCCACUCAUCCGUCGGCGAAACGAGCGUCAAAGAUCAGGCGCGCCGAAGAAAAAUUCGUUUCUUUUGGCACCGGCAUUUUAUAAAGCACAUAGUUACAGUGAUUUUACUCAUUGGCAAUCAAAAGCGGGGUGUGCUGUCCGUUUGGAUGACAAUACACUGGAAAAUUACGAGGCGAAGAGAAAAAGUUUUCGUAAAAAACAGAAAAAGAAAUGA